AUGUCGACCUCAGAUAAACCCGAAUCGGAACAACCUCCGGUGGAAAAGACGGCGGAGGACACCCAAGAACGCCUCGACGAUCUUAUCGCACGAGCCGCCGCGAAGGAUGCCGUCAAAGAUUUCAACGCCGCUGCAGAGCUGUAUUCUGAGGCCACCGAGCUUCAAGCUAACCUGAAGGGAGAAAUGUCGCCUGGCAAUGCCGACCUACUCUACUCCUACGGGAAAGCCCUCUACAACGUCGCAGUGAGCAAAAGUGAUGUCCUCGGCUCCAGGGUCGCUGGAGAAACUCCGGCGCAACCGGGCAGUAAAUCGGAAGAGAACACUACUUCGUCGAAAUCAGCGUCAUCGCCGAACCUGGUCCAAAAUGCCAUCGCCUCCGGAGCUGCCAAGAACGCGUCCUUGGGUGAAGCCACGACGGCGAAAAAGGCGGAGAACACCGCAUUCUUUCAAUUCACUGGCGACGAGAACUACGACGAUUCGGACUCUGAGGAGGAAGGUGAAAAGGAUGGUGGUGCCGAGGACGACGAUGACGAUGACUUUGCGAACGCUUUCGAAGUCCUCGAUCUCGCUCGAAUCCUCUAUCACAAGCAGCUUACCAUGGCGGAGGAGGAAAGUGGCAAAGGGAAGUCUACAGAGCUGCCGCCAAACGUCAAGCACAUCAAGGAGCGCCUUGCGGAUACCUAUGAUUUGCAGGCGGAAAUAUCACUGGAGGCAGAGAGGUUCUCGGAUGCCGUGUCUGACCUUCGGACCACCCUCGAGUUGAGACAAUCUCUAUUCCCAAUGGAGGAUCCGUCCGUCGCCGAAUGUCACUACAAGCUCUCUCUUGCGCUGGAGUUUGACUCGGCUCAUAAGGAAGACGCCGACACGGGUAAAACUGGUGGACAAGAGAAGUUCAAUGAGGAGAUGCGCGCCGAGGCUGCAGUCCAGAUGGAGAAGGCCAUCGAAAGCUGCCGGGCUCGGAUGGCCCAGGAGGAGAAACAACUGGCAGAUGAGUCGCUGGAUGAAGACAAGGCCACGGCUAUCAAGAGGAAGAUCGCAAAUGUGAAAGAGAUCGUGGCGGACAUGGAGCAAAGGCUCAUCGAUCUUCGUCGCCCACCGGUAUCAAUUGAGGAGUCCAAUGACAAGAACGAAGCCUUCCUGAAGGGCAUACUCGGCCAGAUGAUGGGAGAAACGCCCGCGCAACAAGCAGCUCGACUGGAUGCUGCCACGAAGAACGCAAAUGAUCUCUCUGGACUUGUGAAGAAGCGCAAGCAGCCGAGUUCCCAGCCAUCGGAAGGAGCUAGCUCUGGACAGAAGCGUUCAGCUGCCGAAAAUGGUGAAGAUGCGACAAAGCGAGCGCGUACAGAUGACUCCGCAUGA